UAAAAUUUUAUUAACUACAGUAAUAUUUACUGUAAAAUCAUAUAAAUAUAUACAUAUAUAUUACAUAUGACGCUACGACAACAAUUAUUCUUAGAAAGCAUUGAAAAAGAUAGAUGCCUAACAUAACCUAUAACAAACAAAAUGUGUUGUAAAAGUAAAAGCACGAAAACGUGCUAAUAUAAAUAUACUGCAAAAUUGUAGAAAUAGAAUGGUUUUACAAAACGUUAGCACUAAUUUAAUUAAAAUUAUUAGUAAUGUAUGUACUAGGCAAAAUGAAUGGAGUAGCAACAAAUGUGCUCAAAGAUUAUACAUGGCAUUGCCACGGCUUACACCACAAGAGGUUACAGCAGUCUUACAAGCUAAUGAAUAUACCAAAGAAUUUAAUGAACAGAACUCUGUAAAAUAUUAUGAUUCAAAUCAAUUAGCAUCCAAUAAUCCUAUAGAAGAUACUCGAUCAGAAGCUCAAUGUUUAUUUACGAAAGGAAUAUUAUUAGGUGUGUUUGAUGGUCAUGGAGGAAGUACAUGUGCACAAAUUAUUUCAAAAAGACUUUUUCAUUAUAUAUCAGCAUGUUUAUUACCUACAAAAUUAUUAAAACAAUAUCUUAAUACAAUUAAUUCCAAUAAUAAAAUAGAACUUCUUCAAACAUUCAAUGAUAAAAUGGAAUUUAUUUCCGAAAUUAGAGAACUUUAUCAAACAAGUUUUUUAACUUUUGUAAAAGAUUUAGUAGAAAUGGAAUAUACAAAAGAAUUUCAAAUGGAAACAGCUUUAGAGAAGGCAUUUCUCAGAUUAGAUAAUGAUUUGUCGAAUGAAGCACUUUUAAAUUUAGGUAAAACUAAUAAUGCUAUAACUCUUGAUGUUGCAAUGUCUGGUGCUGUAGCAGUUGUUGCACACAUAGAUGGUCCACAUCUUCAUGUUACUGGAGUAGGAGAUUGCCAAGCAGUACUUGGUAUACUUUCUGAAAAUGAUGUUUGGACUGCAAAAUUAAUGACUGUUGAACACAAUACUGACAAUCGAGCAGAAGUUGAAAGAAUUUUAUCAGAGCAUCCAUCUAAUGAAAAAUCGACUGUAAUUAAAAUGGAAAGACUUCUUGGACAAUUAGCGCCUCUUCGUUCUUUGGGUGAUUUUCGCUACAAGUGGACUAAAAAGAUUUUAAAAGAAGUAGUGGUACCAUAUUUUGGCGAAGCAGUGAUUCCACCAAAUUAUCAUACUCCUCCAUAUUUAACAGCAAAACCAGAAGUUAAAUAUCAUAGAUUAACACCUAGAGAUAAAUUUCUUAUAAUAGCCAGUGAUGGUUUAUGGGAUUUAAUGUCACCCUUACAAGCUGUACGUUUAGUAGGUGAACAUAUGAGCGGAAAAGUAACAUUAAAUCCAUUAAGAUUACCUCGUAAAAAUAUGAAAUUAUCAGAAAUACAUAAAAUGUUAUUGCAACGUAAAGAGGGAUUAAAAAAGAAACCUCUCGAUAAUAAUGCAGCGACGCAUUUAUUACGAAACGCACUUGGUGGAACGGAAUAUGGUAUAGAUCAUAUUAAGUUAUCACAAUUAUUAACGUUACCACGAGAAGUAGUACGAAUAUUUCGUGAUGAUAUUACAAUAACGGUGGUUUAUAUGAACUCUGAAUUUUUAAGACACUGCCCUCCGUAAAUUUGUAGAAAAAUUUCUCGUUACAUUUAUAAGAUCUUCUACAAUUUCCAUUAUUUCUAAGUAUUUUAAAGAAUUAAAAAAAUUGAUCUUCUAUCGUGUACAGCUUGUUAUUUAUUUAAUUAACAAUAAAAACAAUUUACAUGAAAAGAAUAGUUUGCUUAUUUGAAAUACAUACAUAUAUCACAUACUACAUAUAUAAUCGCAUUCACUUAAAUUAAUGAAUCAUUUAAAUCGAUUAGCUAUUAUUUUUAUUAAAGAAAAUGAAUGAUGUUGUAGAUAAUGUCUAAGCAAGAUAAAAAUUAUAAAACAUACAAAUAAAUUUCUAAUCUACAAUCAUAAACAUUGUUUAGAAAUACUUAUUAAUCCUACAUAUUAUACAAUUAAUUUGUUAGGUACAAGUAUAGCAAUAAUUAUAUAAGUUAAAAACGCACAAAAUUCAUUAUAUAAUGUUAUGAUUUGCAGCAUUUUAACUUUUUUACAUUUUUGAAUAAAAAAUAGUCUAUUGUUUUAUCGUAGACUAAAAUUUAACAAAUUUCCAUUAGAAAAUAUAUAUUGUUCAUUCUGUAAUCUUUAUAUUAGCUCUGAAAAAUAAUGUUUAUAAAUAAACAUCGAGCAUGUAAUGUUGAUAUUAUUAUCAUACUGAUUAUCAAAGGAGAAAAAAUGUAAAAAUAAAAACCUGAGUUAAAGUUUCUUUACAUAAAUAUUACAUAUAGCAAUAUCGGUAAUCAAACAAGAUAUGAGGCAAGUGCGUACAUAACCGAAAGAUAUUUUUGGAAGUAUAUAACUUUUUUAAAAA